GUGUCAGCAGGCCAACCUUGUUUUUGAUUGAGUUUCAUUCCGAUAGUUUUGUUACAUGUCGUGCACGUAGACGUUCGUCUGCACCGUGGCGGUUAAACAUUGUUUUUAUUCGAAAACUCAUAUCUGAACAUGUGGAAUCAGUAUAACCAACUUCAAACUCAGAUGCUGAUUCGUGCUGACGAAGAUAAAAUGAAUGAUUGUGUGUGAUGUGUGAAAUAGUGAACAGGUGACAUACAGUUCAAACCAUAUGUUUCAGUUUUCCUACACAUUCCCCUCGACCAUAUCAAAACAUACCGUGUGGCGAAUCAUCGUAGUUUUAAAUGAAAGGAAAAAGCGAAGCGAUUUCUGUUCAGAUGAAUAAAAAUGUCAACAGAAGGAAGCGGCGAGACCACCUCGACUGUACCAAGUUUGCCAGGGGCACCGGAGCAGACGUAUCUAUUUCCGAAGGCGAAGGGGCACUCGAGGUCCAUAAGCCAUGGGGGGACUCCGAUGCUCGCGGGGAAUCCGGCGGCGGCGCGGCCCCUCAAGUCGGCGCUGCGAGGGCACCAGCGCGCGCUGUCGCACGGCCAGAUCGGCGAGGGCGGGCCGCGCGCCGCCUCGGGCCCGGGCCACAGCCGCGCGGGCAGCCGCACGGACUUCAUCCUGCCGCCCGGGCACCGCGAGCCCGGGCCGGCCAGCGCGCAGCCCCGCGCGGGCUCGGUGCGCGUGCACCACUCGCGGCAGGCGUCGCGCUCCGACUCCAUAUACACCAUCCGCCGCAGCUCGGAAGUGGGCCCCUGGCGCCGCGCCUUCUUCUGGAUGAUCCGGCGCCAGCAGCCGGCCAUAGACACCAGACAUCUGGUAGUCAUCCCCAACCACUUAGUGCCUGACAAGACUCCGCUGAAGGACCACCCGAACGGACAGAGAUGUGAUAACAAAAUCAGGACUACGAAAUACACGCUGUUGUCCUUUUUACCAAAGAACUUGUUUGAGCAAUUUCACAGGAUUGCCAAUGUGUACUUUAUAUUUAUAGUUUUGUUGAACUGGGUGCCGGCGAUCAAUGCGUUCGGCAAGGAGGUGGCCAUGCUGCCCGUGGUGUUUGUGCUCGGUGUGACGGCCAUCAAGGACUUGUUUGAGGACCGAAGGAGACACUUAUCUGACAAAAGAAUAAACAAUUCUUUCUGCAGGGUGUAUAAAAAAUCAGCGGAGCGAUACGUCAGAGUGAAAUGGCGGGACGUGCGAGUGGGGGAUCUGGUGCACUUGUCGAAUAACGAAGCGGUGCCGGCGGACAUGGUCCUCCUGCAGUCUUCCAACCCGCUCGGCAUCUGCUACCUCGACACGUGCAACCUGGACGGCGAGACCAACCUGAAGCAGAGGAUAGUGGCGCCAGGUUUCAGAGACAAGCAAGCUGAAUUCAAUCCACUAAAAUUCCGGAGUUCAGUGGAAGUUGAACGACCCUCUACAAAAAUAUAUCGGUUUAAUGGCACGAUAUCCCACCCAAACGGGGACAGAGUACCGCUUAACUCCGAAAAUCUGCUAUUGAGGGAUUGCUUAAUCAAAAACACUGAUUACGUAGAAGGAAUCGUGGUAUACGCGGGACACGAAACAAAAGCUAUGCUCAACAAUGGUGGUCCCAGGUACAAAUGUUCAGGUUUAGAAAGAAAAAUGAACACUGAUGUCAUAUGGUGCGUUCUGGUGCUUCUCUUCCUCUGCUGUGCCGGCGCUGUCGGCUGUAAAGUAUGGUUAGACCAAUACCAUCCUCUGGUGGCCAAAUUCACGCCGUUUCUUCCACAACCGGGCAAGCCGGCAUACGAAGGGCUGCUCAUAUUCUGGACUUACAUAAUAGUGUUACAAGUCAUGAUACCGGUGUCUCUCUACGUUACGAUCGAAAUGACGAAACUGCUGCAAGUUUACCACAUACACCAGGACGUCGAGAUGUACGAUCCUGAGACGAACACGCGGGUGGAGUGUCGAGCGUUGAACAUCACGGAGGAGUUGGGGCAGAUCAAUUACUUGUUCAGUGACAAGACGGGGACGCUGACGGAGAAUAAGAUGGUGUUCAGGCGGUGUACAGUGAACGGCGUGGACUACGACCACCCGCCCGGGCCGCCCGCCGAGCCGUCGGCCGAGCUGCCGCCGAUCGUCACGCCCAUCACCAGCGUGUCGCCCAACAGGAGGAUGCUCCAGCACUUGUUGGACAACAACGACGCUCAGCAUACGCAAAAGGUCCGCGAGUUUCUGCUGAUCCUGGCGGUAUGCAACACGGUGGUGGUGAGCCUGCCGCACGUGGACUCCAUGCAGAUGAGCGACUCCACCUCGGGCGACGUGCAGAAACCCUCGCGCUCCAACGGCACCCUUCGAUCCAACGACAAAUAUGCCAGACUGACUGAAUCCCGGUCGACGACGCCGUCGCCGCCACCAUCCACCUCACCCCUCCGGAUUCGUCUGCCGAAGCUGCCUUUCGGCUCGCGAGAGGAGACUGAGAGCGAGCCUAGUACAUCGACUGCAGAGCAGCAGUUCGCGCGCUACGAGGCGGAAAGUCCCGACGAGCUGGCGCUAGCGGAGGCAGCGCUCGCGUACGAAUACGAGCUACGGUGCCGCGCGCCCGACGAGGUCGAGGUCGGCAUACGAGGCGAGCUUACGAGGCUCAAGGUGCUGAGGGUGCAGCCCUUCGACUCCGUGCGGAAGUGCAUGUCCGUCGCCAUACGCACGCCCACGGGACAGGUGGUGCUAUACGUGAAAGGCGCUGACAGCACAGUCCUGGGAGCCCUAGCGCCAAUGCGCGCCGGCUCUGCCGAGUCGGCCGCCUACGAGAGGACCCGCUCGCUUCUGUCGGAAUACUCGCGCGCGGGUCUACGGACGCUGGUCAUGGCCAAGCGGACGAUGCAACCGGCUCUUUGGGAGGAGUGGCUCGCUGGCCACGUGAGAGCUUCCGAGAUUGGCGAAGGUCGAGAGAAACGCAUUCGCGAUUCACUGGCGCGAUUGGAGAGCGCCUUGACGUUAGUUGGAGCGACCGGCGUCGAAGACCGACUACAGGAGGACGUGCCGCGGACCGUGCGAGCGCUACUCGACGCCGGCAUCGUGGUGUGGGUGCUCACCGGCGACAAGCCCGAGACCGCCAUCAACAUCGCCUACUCCGCCGCGCUGUUCUCGCAGAGCGACCGCCUGCUGCACCUCAUGUCGCGGGACAAGGAGCACGCGGAAUCCACGAUCAAGAGUUACUUAGAAGGCGGCGCGGGCGAACGCGCGGGCGGGCGUGCUUUGGUCGUGGACGGGCGCACGCUCACGUACAUCCUGGACCGGCGCUCGGGGCUCGUGGCGCCCUUCAUGUCGCUGGCGCGGCGCUGCUCCGCCGUGCUGUGCUGCCGCGCCACGCCGCUGCAGAAGGCCUACAUCGUCAAAGCAGUGAAAGAAGAAUUGGGGGUGACUACGUUGGCGAUCGGUGACGGCGCCAACGACGUCUCCAUGAUUCAAACUGCUGAUGUCGGAAUCGGUCUGUCGGGGCAGGAAGGGCGGCAGGCGGUCAUGGCGUCGGACUUCGCGCUGUCGCGCUUCAAGUUCCUGGAGCGGCUGCUGCUGGUGCACGGCCACUGGUGCUACGACCGCCUGGCGCGAAUGAUCCUCUACUUCUUCCUCAAGAACGCCUCAUUCGUGUUCCUAGUGUUCUGGUACCAGCUGUACAACGGGUUCUCGGCCAUGGUCAUGAUCGACCAGGCGCACCUCAUGUGCUACAACCUCAUGUUCACCGCCAUCCCGCCCAUUGUCAUAGGUGCAUACGACCGCGUGGCGCCGGGCGCUUUACUAACCGAGCGGCCGGGCCUGUACAGCGCGGCGCGGCGCGGGCUGGCGUACCGCGCUCACUCGUACUGGCUCGUCCUGGCCGAGUCCGUCUACAUCAGCGUGUGCAUCUACUUCACCGCCGCCGCCGCCUACUGGGACACCGACGUGGGGCUCUGGUCCUUCGGCACCGUCUGCAUGACGGCCUGCCUCGUCGUCAUGCUGCUGUACGUGGCCAUCGAGACGCGCAGCUGGACGGUGAUUCACGUGCUCGCUCUGAGCGGGUCGCUGCUGUCGUUCUUCGUGUUGACGCUGAUCUACGAGUCGGCGUGCGUGGUGUGCUUCGGGCUGCCGAGCACGCACCGCGUCAUGCAGCACGCGAUCGCCGACCCCAUCUAUUGGCUCGUCGUCGUGCUCAGCACCGUCAUGGCGCUCGCGCCGAGGCUGGCGUGCCACGCGGCGCGCAACUCGGUGCGGCCGGGCACGCUGGGCCGCGCGGUGCUGGCGCGGCGCCGGCGCUCGCGCCUGCCCUACCAUACUAAGGGCAUGCCCUUUACAUUAUAAAAACGCCGUUGUCGCGCUUCUCACGCUAAUGUGAAAGCGGCGUUAAGACCCGUGUCUUUCUCUUGUACUUUUUCCCACCCUGUAUGAGCAUAAAGAUAGCAUUCGGAUCAAGACGACCGCGACGAGAGACCACGACCCGAGACCGCGACAGGCAACCGGUCGCAGGUCGCAGGGCGACAGCUACUUACGAAUCUUCGCGACACGAGUCGUGCGACCCAUACGAAACUUACUAAUUCUAUUAAAAUUUCGUCUUCGUGCGAAGAAAACACGGCCAUUUUGCAUCUGUCGCGUCACGGCACUGCCUUGUGAGCGACCGAGUCGCGCGACGCAAGUAGCCGGCAGGCCACGCCCAAACGUCGCGCGACUCGGUUGCUUGCAUCCGUCAGCACUUCCUAUUAAUUCAUAUAAAGCA